AUGCCGUGGUGCUGUGCUAGGGGCGCGGCCACUCCGCUGCUGUCCGAGCCCGGACGGCCCGUACCCGACCCUUUCGGGCCAAUGCUGAUCCAGCCCAACCCUGCCGCGCUCGUGAUAACGGCCGGAACCGGCGAGGGCAUCUUCAUCGAGCGGCUCAAGCAUUCCGGAUGGCAGCUCACCAUCGCCCCGCCGCACCAGGCCGAGCCGUUAUGUGUCCAGCUCCGCCCCCACCUCGUCCUGAUCGACAACCGGUUACCGGACCUCACGACGAUGGCCAAACAGCUGCACCAAAUCUCCAACGUCGAUGACACGUUCUUCGUGGUCAUCUCGGAAAAGCCUCUCUCCGAGAAGCGACGACGCUCCCUUGCCCACGCCGAGAUUCUGCAUAACAUCUUGUGGAACAGCCGUGACACGUCGCUUGUUGAAUGGGUCUCCCGGAUGACGACGAGGUUGCGGGUUGUCCCGGCGUUGUUCGCAGUAUUGGAUGAGGCUGACCAGGCAGUCGAAGUGAUCGACGACUCGCGCGUGGUCCUCUACGUGAAUCGAGCUUACGAGAAUGUGACGGGAUGCCUGCGGGGUGAGGUGAUCGGCCAGCAAGAGAGUGAUGUUCGACGAAAAUCUCUACCGCGCCCACGAGAAGACGACCGGCGGCGCUCAUCAGAUUGGAAAUGUAUCCGGGUACCCAGUAGUUCGUGCAGCAACCAAUACGUGUACGUGAAGCGGAGAAGCCUCGACGGCGGGAUCUACAGAGAUGUUUCGUUGAAGAGUAUACGUUCGCAGGCCAUGAUCGAGGCACCGAUAUCAGAGGUUAUUUCAAUGCUCAGGGACGCGGCGGGACGAUGUGAGGGUGAAAGCGCGCAACUCGUCAAAGAUGCCGUUAAGGUGCUCUCUUCGCACGAGCUCUACCUGCCGAAUCUGCAGAAGAUCCGGGACGGGGACCAGCGCGUGGCCGCCCAGUACUACGACGGCCUCGUCAGGGUUGGGACCCUCCACCACCCGCCACGGCAUCGCAAGCGCAGCGUCGUCGACGCGUAUAAGGACAAACGAGACUUUCUAGGGUCCCACGGGGAACGGCGACGGGUAUCGGCCGACGUGAAGAACGCGCUCGAGAACGACCACCUCUGGAACUACGACAUCCUACAGCUCGAGCGCGUCACCGAACAUCACGCUCUGUCGCAGCUUGGCAUGAAGAUUUUCGAGCGUUGGAAGGUGGCCGACGUGCUACAGUGCCAGGAGGACAUCCUCGCCAGGUGGUUGAACACCAUCGAGAUGCACUAUCAUGCCGGAAACGCCUACCACAACGCGACGCACGCCGCGGAUGUCUUGCAGGCCACCUCCUACUUCUUGGACCAGCCCACGGUCGCCGACCACGUCAUCGACACGCACGGGGUUGCUGCCCUGCUCGCUGCAGCCGUCCACGAUCUGGACCAUCCGGGUCGGGGCAACGCAUUCUUGAUCAACACCCGCCAGUCGCUGGCAAUCCUCUACAACGACCAGUCCGUCCUCGAGAAUCACCACGUCGCCCUGGCGUUCCAGCUGACGCUGCAGCAGAACAGCAAUGUGAACAUUUUCGGCGCGUUGUCCCGCGACGAAUUCUCAACCAUGCGCGCCGCCGUCGUCGAGAUGGUCCUUGCCACGGACAUCAGAAGACAUUUCGAGUACCUCGCCAAGUUCAACCAGAUGAAUAUCGUCGACGUGGCCGACGAGCAGCGAGAACAGAACUCGAUGAUUGUGUGCAACAUGCUCGUCAAGUGCGCCGAUAUUUCGAACCCGUGUCGCGACUGGGUCACAUGCCAGAAAUGGGCCUACCGUAUCGUGGAGGAAUAUUUCGAGCAGACCCGCGAGGAGAAGGAGAAGGGCCUGCCGCUAACGAUGGAAUUCUUCGACCGCGAAUCCUGUUGUGUGCCCGUAACGCAGACCGGUUUUGUCGACAUGUUCGUGAGGGAAGCGUUCUCGUGCUGGAGCGAAUUCGCGCAUUUGCCACAGCUGCUGCACAUUCUCGACCAGAACUACGAGCACUGGAAGCAGAUGCAGCCCGGCUGGACGCCUGCCAACAAUAUUGGGCUGUUGUCG